AAGGCCGGGGUCAGUCCAGAUCUGUGAGGAGUUCGUCAUGCUGCGGGCUGCGAGUCUCUGCGUCCUCCUGGCCUGUUUGGUCCUCGGAGUCCCGGUGGCCAAAGAGAAGCAGAAGGUCCUGCUCAUCUCCUUCGACGGUUUCCGAUGGGACUACGACCGCGAUGUGGACACGCCAAACCUGGACCAGAUGGCCAAAGAUGGAGUCAAGGCCCAGUAUGUCACUCCUCCGUAUCUCACCGUCACCAGUCCGACGCACUUCACCCUCCUGACAGGGCGCUACAUUGAGAACCACGGUGUGAUCCACAACAUGUGGUUCAACACCACCACGAGUGAGAAGAAGGGCUACUAUCAGACUCAGUUUGUGAACGAGUGGUGGGACAACGGCACGCUGCCGAUCUGGAUCACAGCGCAGCGACAGGGCCUGAAAGCGGGCUCUCUUCACUUUCCCGGCACAGCAUCCAGUUACCAGGGAGAGGUUGCUAUGGUGCGCGAAGUGGAGCCCAAUUUCUAUGACUACAGUAACGAGGCCUUGUGGUACGAGAACACGGACAAGGUGAUGAGCUGGUUCAGAGAUCAGGAUCUGGACUUUGUGUCUUUGUACUUCGGCGAACCAGACAUGACGGGCCACAAAUACGGGCCAGACUCACCAGAACGCAGAGAGAUGGUGAAGCAAGUGGACAGAGCUGUGGGCUACAUCCGAAACUCGGCAGAAAAACAUGGGUUGACCAAACAGCUGAACAUCAUCAUUACCGCUGACCACGGCAUGACCACCGUCUUUCGUGGUCCAGAUGUAGAAGAAAUCGUCCUGUCCAAGAUCCCGGGCUUUUCCUUAAGCGACGUGUCCUUCCAGCUGCUGGACUACGGCCCUUCUGGGAUGCUGCUGCCCAAGCCUGGAAAGCUGGAGACCAUUUACAACGCCCUGAAGGGGGCGCACCCAAACCUGCACGUGUACAAGAAGGAGGAGAUGCCGGAGCACCUUCACUUCUCAAACAACGACCGCAUCCUGCCCAUCGUUUUAUGGACCGACCCUGGAUUCGUCCUCAAUGGGUAUUUCCCCGUUCAGUUCAACAAAGGAGAGCACGGCUUUGACAAUCAGGAGAUGGACAUGAAGCCCUUUUUCAGGGCCGUGGGUCCGGCCUUCCACCAGAACCUGGAGGUGGGGCCCUUCGAGACGGUCAACAUCUAUCCGCUGAUGUGCCACAUUCUGAACAUCCAGCCCGAGGUCAACGACGGCCACCUGAGCGUCACUCAGCACAUGCUGGCGACGGCUCAACCUGAAGGUGAAGCUCGGAACUUCUGGAAAAACGGCUUCAUUGGACUGGCUGCAGUGGCUGGAUUUCUUCUCCUAGUUUUCACUGUAUCAACGACACAGAAAAUCAUCAAGAGAAAACGAAAGAAUAAAAGGUUGGACAGUUCGCCAGGAGAAGAAGAGAAGUCAAAACAAACUUCACUGUGAUCAUAACACAAAGAAAACUUCAUUCCUCCAUCUUGCAUAGAGAAAUAUCUACCAAAGGGAAAUUUGUCCAUCAUCCCAUAACCUGCAUAAAACAGCUUAAAUUUGCUGUGUUAUACAUAUUUAUUUUGGAUAAUAAUGCAGCAUUUUACCAUGACAGAUAACAAAUUCUGAGUUUCAUGCCAUGAAAUACAAUUGUAAUUAAAUAUCAGUUUUUUUCCCCAAAAGAAAAAAAAUACUCAGAUGUUUGUGCUGCAUAAACUAACAAGGAUUAAAAAUAUAUAUUUUUGCUUUAAAAUAUUUAUUUGUAGAGAAUAAACAAUAAUAUUUGUGUCAAUGAGACUACGGUAGCUGCCGAGUGUCAUAUUUCCACAAUCACAUUCUGAUUUAGCCGCCUGUGUCCGUGUUGCCCAGUCAAGGUGCAUCAAGAAGGAUAACACUUCCUGUUAAGUCUUUCAAAAUUAAAGAUGUUUUACAAAAAAAUCCAUAAA